CAUUCAUACGUCCGAACAUCCAUACAUGUGAGGCAACAUCCAGAAUGACGUGCCACUAAAAGAAACCUAAGUCACUCUCAUCGUAUCUGCAGCUUCCAUGAAUUUCUUCAUCUUCGCGACAACACUUACACCUUAGGAUUGUACACGAAUACCGAACACAUAAAACAAGCAUCAAGUUAAGUACUAGAUCAAUGAUAUAACUUGGAACCAUCAUCGGCCCAUUCUUUUCCACCAAGCAACUCACAACACAUCCUCUCUCAAAGCCCAAUCUUCCCGGUGACCUCAAAUCACCUACAUUUAACUUGCCCAAGAUGUCACAAUCAGUACUUGAACAGCUCCUGGAGAUGGGCUUUGAGAAACAACGUGCUGAGCUGGCCGUGAAGAAGUCCGACGGGUUGCCCGAUGCCAUGGACUGGCUGGAAAGAACCCAGGACACUCCUAUAGAUGAGCUCCUCGAGGAAGAGAGCUCCGGUGCCAACGUUGCAAAAGUCGACGGGGGCGCAGUAGCAAUGUCACUCGUUUGCAAUGAGUGUGGCAAGAAAUUCCGUACUCCAAACGAGGCUGAAUUCCAUGCCAAUAAGUCAGGUCACACCGAUUUUGCUGAGUCUACCGAGGAGAUUGCCCCUCUCACUGAAGAGGAGAAAAAGAAAAGACUCGAAGAGCUCCGUGAGCGUGUCAAGGCGAAGAGAGCUGGCCAGAGUGAAGCGGAAAAGGAGGAACAGAAGCGGAACGAGAAAAUCCGCCAAAAGGCAACCAGGGAGUCUCACGAAUUGAAGGAGGAAAUCCAACGCAAGGAGCAAAUGAAGGAGGCAGCCAAGAAACGACAAGAGAAGCUUGACGAUAUCGAAGCUAAGAAGCGCAUCAAGGCCAAGAUCGAGGCCGACAAAGAGGAGCGUCGUCGCAAGGCGGAGGAAGCGAAAGCCGCGAGAGAGGGCCGAUCCAUUCCUGCCCCCGCUGCCGCCCCGGCACCUGCUCCGGCUACCGCCCGCCCCGCUGCUACCCAUAACGAAGCUCGCUUAAGACUGCAGACCUCCGGUGGCAACGUCAUGAAGACAUUCCCAGCGGACACUACCCUUUUCGAGGUUGCACAGUCACUAGAGUCUGAGAACGGGCUUACCGUUACCAAAUUUAUCCAGAACUUUCCCAGGAAGGUUUUCGAGGGAAAUCUCGACCUUGGUAAGACUUUGAAGGAAGCCGGAUUGGUCCCUAGCGCUGCUCUUAUCGUACAAUGAGCUAGCUACUCGAACUAGUUUCAUGGUUCUCGUGGAUGCAUGACAUGGCGUUUGGGAUUGGCUCAGGAGGGUGAAAAGGGGGAACUCGUAGAACGAAUAAAUACCUAGGUAGUUGGGAGGAAAGUACGCUUCACUAGGAAUAGCAUGGUGAAUCCUACGAAAUAUCAUGCUAGGAUCUCAUAGCUUAAGUCUAAGCUAUCGCCGCGUUUCGGCUUUUGCUGCAUAAUGAACACUUUGCGGCAUAAUGGACUCAUAAGUUUGUUUCGUCUUUAACGGCUUCAUUUGUAAAGCGCAUCGUCAUAUUAACCUAUGACUGAGUGAACUUUGCCCAUGGCAACCUGAUAUUGCCUCCUUCACGCCACACCAAUGGUGUAUGGAACCCCGGAACCAUGCAGUGAAAGUACAAAAGGGAAGGUGAAUAUUCGUUGUCGCGGAACGUAUUUAGUCGAAUAGA